UCCACUCAGCACUGAAGGUUCCCUUCCACAGUCUCAAGACGCUCCCAACGCCCAGCCGGCCACCAUGGUGCACUGGAUCGGAGACGAGAAGCAGGUCAUCACCAACUGUUGGGCCAAGACCGAUGUGUGCACUGUGGGGGGCGAAUGCCUCGCCCGCCUGUUGAUCGUGUACCCCUGGACCCAGAGGUUUUUCUCCAGUUUCGGGAACCUCUCCAGCCCCACCGCCAUCUGUGGCAACCCCAUGGUCAAGGCUCACGGCAAGAAGGUGCUCACUGCCUUCGCGGACGCCAUCAAGAACCUGGACAACAUCAAGGCCACCUUCUGCGAGCUGAGCAAGCAGCACUGCGACGAGCUGCACGUGGACCCCGAGAACUUCAAGCUCUUUGGGUACCAGAUCAUCAUCACCAUGGCGGGCCACUUUGGGAAGGACUUCACCCCACACAUCCAAGCCGUCUUUAACAAGCUGAUCCACGUGGUGGCCCACGCCAUGGCCAGCCAGUACCACUGAAGCCCCCCCGCCCCCCCCGCCCCGAGGGAGACCAGCUGCCGCCUGCUCACCUCGCCCCCCUCGCCACGCCCCUUCUGGUCCUGAUGUGUGACGAUGCUGCCUUUGAAUAAAAAGACACCUCCCUGCA